AUGGCAGAUGAUGUGGCUGCCGGGUUCGGUAAUAUGAAACUAACGUCUGAUGAAGAGGAGAUUAUCCCUAUAUCCGAUGAAGGCAGAGUGCAGGCUAUGGAGAGUUGUAGCUUGAGUCUUAUUGGGAAGUUUUUAACAUGUAAACCAUUCAAUAAACGUGCAGCAAAGACUACUUUGAGAAGGGCAUGGGGAUUGGAGAAUAGUUUACAGAUUAUUGAGGUGGGUCCGAAUCUCUUCCAAUUCAAGUUUAAAACAGAGUUUGAUAUGGCACGUAUUCUACAAGAUGGUCCUUGGUCAUUCGACAAUCAACUAUUAUUGCUUCAGAGAUGGCAGAAGGGGAUGACAGUAGGGAAUAUCAGAUUGGAGUAUGCUUGUCUAUGGAUUCAAAUAUGGGGUGCACCAUUCGAUAUGGUUUCCCCUCAAGUUGCAAGGGAAGUUGGUAAUAGAAUUGGUAGAGUUGAAGAGGUUGAAGGGCAGCGACGACAAGAUGAGCUGAAUUAUUUUAUGCGAGUUAAAGUUGCGGUGCCGAUUGGGAAGCCGCUGCGGAGAGGAGGUUUCAUUGCUGGUUCAGAUGGGGCUCGCAGUUGGGUAACGUUUAAGUAUGAACGUUUACCUCUGUUCUGCCAUUAUUGUGGUCUGUUAGGGCACAAUGUAAAGCAUUGUGCAUCGCACUUUGCUGUUAGCAGGAAUGGUGGGGAGGUGGAUUAUCAAUAUGGGGAGUCUUUAAGAGCUUUGGGAGGGCGUCCACGUUCUUUCCCAUCAAGAAAUACCUAUGGCAAUACUGGGGCUGCGAAAGAACAAACAUCAGAGGAGUCUACAAAUUACAGUCCGGUGCAAGGGACUUUUCCGGCGGCGGGUGUGGAAGAUACGAACCCUAGUAAACAGGAAGUUGAAUCCGAGAAUCUAGGGGAACUACCUAUUUUUCAGGAAGAGGCUAACGUGGAGUUGGGCAGAACAGAUGACGUGCAGGAAGGACGUUCUUUACAGCUGGUUCCUAGUCCGGUGUGUGAAGAUACUGAUGUGGAUUUGUUGAGAGAAGUGACGGGGCAGCCAGCUGGGGUUGAUUGUAUGGAGGUGGCAACGGGUAAAACUAAGGAAGCCGGGCUUGGUGUUGAAGCAAGUGGACUGGAUCAGAGGUUAGAGUUGGUUGGGCCUAGUUCUGUAAAGCCCAAAUCCACUUGGACCAGGUUUAACCGAAUGGACUUUGGGCUUGGAGGAUUGUCAAAAGCUUUGCAGCUGCCAAACUGUGGAAAAAGGAGCAAUGUAUCUAGUAGGGAGGAAGAGCUGUGUGACCAUUCUGAUUUUAGGGAGACUAAGCGUGGAAAGAUUGAUGAUGGAGAUGUUGGAACCAUUUUAUCGGCGGGGGUGGAGAACCACCCUUGCCGGGAGCAAUGA